AUGGCAGAGACAUCUAUAGCCCCUACCCACCACCAGCGUCGACAAAGUGCUCUCGCCGACAUACAAUUCGCCUCUAUCGUCGACGAUGACCUCACACCCUCCGAAGACGAGUCGCCGGAGGAAAGCGCGUUCGGGCUCGAAACAGCACAGUCAGCAAUUGGAGUCAGCAUAGGAAAGCAGCAGACGCGUCUGACUUCGCCGAAAACGCCGGCUGCGGAAAAGGCUGCUGCCCUAGAGGACACGGAAGACGGAGCCUUUUUCGAGGGCUGGCAGGAAGCUACCGAUGCCACACCGGAACUGAGAAAGACGACACCGCGUCCAGAACCGAGCAAAGAUGUUCAGAAAGCUGACGUGAGGCCGAAGCCCACGCACACAUCGAGCAAUGACGACCGCGAGCGGCAAUCCGACCCUCGAGCGCGACUCCCUUCGCCAUGGCGAGCAGGUCCGAAGACAUUCCACAAGGAGAAGGCGGGCGACCAUCGAGCUAUACUCCGCGAGACCCUACAGAUCGGAAGACGGCGGGCAUCCUCGAGCGGCUCCAUGGGGGACACGAUGCGCAAAUACAUGCCCUUCACCCUGCCCACGUCCAUCACCAAAUCCUACAAAGACAUGCACUUUUCGCUCCCGAGCUUGUCAGCACUUUCGCUCGAUACAGAGAAGCCACGCACCUCUGACAGGCGGAGGAGAGAUACCUUCGCCAGUAGUGGACCAGCCCGAGACAUACCACAGCAGGAUGGCGCCAGCCACUCCACACCCAAAGAGUCGAGGAGCGCAUCGAGGAGCCUCGUACAGGUGCCACAGCAUCCCAAUACCGCUCCGAUACCCCAGCGCGAAUUCAGCGACGAGAGCACCGAUACCCUUCAACAGUCCCCUAAGAUAUCGAGCGACCGACCGGCGCCUAAGUUACGGCGGUCCAAUUCCGAGGGCUCUUUGCUCGUAUAUCGCACAAGGUCUUUUGCGUCUUCGCUCGGCGACGACACGCGCUUCGAGAGUGUACAAGAGCAGGUCAACAGUAGGCUGAAGGCCCUCAGAGACAGCUGGCAAGACUCCAAUUUCAAGCUGCCAAGCCCUUCGUUCCCAAACUUCAACCUAUCGUCCAGCAGCGAAAUAUUCAGAACCCGCAAUGCCAGUAUAGCGUCUAGACUCCGCGAAACCGACAAUGUUCGCGCAACCGAGCCUGCAUCGGCAGCACGUCGCGACUCGAUAAGGAAGAAGCGCCUGCCAUCAAAGGGUGGGGAUAGCGACUUUGAGCCGCAUCCAUACUUUACUCAAGCUUUGCAAGAGCUUGAAGGGGACCUGGUCGUGUUGGGAGGCUACCGAGGUUCCAUCUUGCGCUCAGCAGAACCGCCCCAUCGACAGCUCUGGGUGCCCAUAAAAGUCGGGUUGAACCUACGCAAGGUAGACUUGGAGGUACCUUUGGACCCAGAUGCGGAUGAGCGCAUGGAGGAGAGCAUUAUACCCAGCGGCAUGCUGACCCAUAUCGGCCCCGUCGAUAUAGCCAAGCGCCUGUUCAAGCGUCUGAAUGCAUGCGAUAAUGUCAAGGAUGGUAAACUCAGGGUCCACAACUACGGCUAUGACUGGCGGCUCUCUCCGCACUUCCUCAGUCGACGGAUGAUACAAUUCUUAGAGUCGCUGCCCUGUAACCAGCCAGGCGUCCCUCCAGAAAAGCGUGGCGCCGUUAUCGUCGCACACUCAUUAGGCGGCUUGAUCACGCGUCAUGCUAUCAACCAGCGUCCUGAUCUAGUAGCCGGUGUUGUAUAUGCCGGUGUGCCUCAACGCUGCGUGAAUAUCCUCGGUCCAUUCCGCAACGGCGACGACGUCCUCUUCUCCUCACGCGUGCUAACAGCACAAGUAAACUUUAGCAUUCGAACAUCGUACGCUCUUCUGCCUCUCGAUGGAAAGUGCUUCAUCAACAAGCGUACGAAAGAAGAGUAUCCCGUAGACUUCUUCGACGUCAAUACCUGGAAAGAACACCGCCUCUCUCCAUGCAUAGCAGCACCUCUGCCCCGCCCCGAACAACCCAAAGACAGCAACUUCAGCGUUAGUGGCCUGAUGAACGCCGUCUCCUCAUCACUCCCAACCUUCUCCACUCGCAAAAGCAGCACCGCGAAAGACGCAGCCGACGUAGCUCGUAACGCCGCGAACAACGUCACAGAAGGAAGCGCCGAACAAGCUGGCAUGGGACCACAGAUGGGCCACGAACACAACAUCGAGACCUCCAAAGAGCCGAACCCAGCAACCGAUGUCACGAUUCCUUACGACAAAGCCGUGGAAUACCUCGCACGAACCCUCGCUGAAGUCAAAGCCUUCAAACAAGAACUCGACCACCGCCCUGAACACACAACGUCAAACGCAUACCCGCCCAUUGCACUCAUCUAUGGCAAGUCUACACCAACGGUAUAUGGCGCAAAGGUAGAAAGCAAAGAAGCUAUCAAACGCGCAGACGUGUAUGACGAGCUUGCCUUUGCGAGCGGCGACGGUGUGGUACUCGCUCGUGCGGCCAUGGUGCCUACUGGGUAUAGUGUAGUUCGGGGCGGUGUCGUCUCCAGCGACCGGGGUCACGUCACGCUUCUCGGUGAUUUGGAAGCUGUAGGGCGGUGUCUUUGUGCUGUUAUUCAUGCUAGGCGGAACGGCGUUGGGAUGGGGGCUGGGGCGCGGUGA